AUGCCGGAAACUGAAAUGAGUGGUUUGAAAGAACUUUUAAAGAAACGUAGUACGAUUAAAGGUCGUUUAACUAAAUUUAGAGAAUAUAUAACGGUUUUAAAUCAAAUUAAACCUGCAGAUUUAACUGGUGCUCAAGUAAAAGAAAUUUCAUUGAGAUUAACUAAAUUCCAAGAGUUGUUUACUAGUUUUGAUGAAUUGCAAGAUCAAAUUGAACUUUUAAGUACCGACCAGGAUGAACAAAUUAGAGAAAGAGACUUCAUAGAAUCUCAAUUUUAUUCCUUGAUAUCGACUGCGCAGGAAAUAAUCGAUUCGAUUUCUCAAAGCAGGGAUCGAGCCGAGGGUUCUGUAAAUUCCAAGCCAUCAGGCACUUGUUCUCAUGCUCUUAAUACAAUCAAAUUGCCCACGAUUAAACUCCCGAAUUUUGACGGGAACUACUUAAAAUGGCUGGAAUUUAGAGAUACGUUCGACUCGUUAAUUAAUUCUAAUGAUACUAUACCUACGAUAAACAAAUUCCAUUACUUGAGGUCUGCUUUAGAAGGCAGUGCUACUGUUGUUAUAAAAUCCAUAGAAUUUACCUCUGCGAAUUACAGGGUUGCGUGGGAUUUAUUAUGCGAAAGAUAUAAUAAUAAAAAUAUUUUAAUAAACAAUCAUCUAAAGGCAUUGUUCAACAUCGAACCUAUAACGCGAGAGUCUUACAAAGCUUUGCGUUAUCUUAUUGAUCAAGUAUCUAAAAAUUUAAGAGCACUCGGAACGUUAGGCUUACCUACUGAGCAAUGGGACGUUUUGGUUAUAUUUAUGAUGUCAUCUAAAUUAGAUAUUAAUACAAAUAGAAAAUGGGAGGAAUACAAGGGUAACCUCUCCGAUUUACCUACGUUACUUGAAUUUAAGACUUUUCUUCGUAAUCGCGCGGAUGUGUUAGAAACCACUCAAGGUACCCGCUCGGAUAAACACACCCAUGACUACAAGUCUAAUUAUAAGUCACAACAAUCUUCUAAAUCAUUAGUCGCUGCUAAUACGGAAGUGUCAAAACGGAUUGUAUGUAGUAUAUGUAAGAAGGACCACCGUGUGUAUUUGUGUCCCGUCUUUUUAGAAAUGAGUUUGGAGGACAGACAGAGUGAGGUAAAUAAAUUAAAAUUAUGUUCAAACUGUCUCCGCGAAGGGCACAAUGCGCACAGGUGCCGUUUAAAGGGUUGUUGUAGGUCAUGCAAGGGGAAACAUAACAGUUUACUCCAUAAAGAAAUUGCAGAGGUUUUGAAGGCUGCACCCGUCUCUUUGGCAAUAGCUGGCGCAAAAGAAGUGCUACUGUGUACCGCUCUUGUAGAUAUAGUUAAUCCACAGAACAAUAGCUGUCAAAGGGCUCGAAUAUUAUUAGAUACUGGGAGUCAAUCCUGCUUCAUGACUACUAAUUUCAAAAAUAAAAUGGGUUUAUCUGUAAAUCGAGUGAAACCUGUAAACGUAUCGGGUAUAAAUAAUAUCGGUUUUGAUAUAUCUGAGCGUUGCUAUGUCCAAUUGAAUUCUAGAGUAUCUUCCUUUACGGCUAAGUUAACAUGCCUCAUUGUACCUAGGAUUACCGGUAGCGUGCCUAAUAACAAAAUUGAAUUGCAGAACUUGAAGUUACCAUUAAACAUUGAGCUGGCCGACCCUGCAUUUUAUCAACCAGCUGAUAUUGACAUACUUAUAGGCGCAGAUGUUUUUUGGGAUAUUAUAGGUACACAACAGAUCAAGUUAGGUCAAGACAAGCCUACGUUGCUAGAUUCGAAACUGGGGUGGCUUGUGUCUGGCCCAGUAGGUAAAAGUACUUGUAACGAUAAUUUUAUGUGUAAUUUUAAUCAAUUAGAUAUUUAUGAAAGUAUGAAAAGAUUCUGGGAAGUAGAAGAGUUACCUACGACCAAAAAUAAUUUAUUCUCUGUAGAAGAGCAAUUAUGUGAAACUCAUUUUGUAAAUAACACUUCAAGGUUAAGUAAUGGUAGAUUUUCAGUUAAAAUGCCGUUUAAAGAAUCACCUGAAGAUUCUUUGGGUGAGUCAUUUUGCAGUGCGCGCGGAAGAUUCUUGAACCUUGAGAAGAAAUUAAAUAAAAAUUUAAAUUUAAAAAAAAAAUACGUUGAGUUUAUUAAAGAAUAUCAGGAAUUGGGACAUUUAUCAGAGGUUGAUCGACCUUCAUUUGCUUUUUAUUUACCUCACCAUGCGGUAGUACGUGAGGAGAAGGAAACUACAAAAGUGAGAGUCGUGUUCGAUGCGUCUGCUAAAUCAUCUUCUGGAAAGUCACUAAAUGAUAUCCAAUUGGUAGGGCCUGUAGUUCAGAGCGAUUUAUUUGAAAUUUUAUUGCGUUUUCGUAUACAUAAAUUUGUAUUAACUGGGGACAUUGAAAAAAUGUAUCGGCAGAUAGAAAUAGAUAACUCUCAACGUCAUUUACAGCUUAUCUUGUGGCGCGAAGAUGAGGAACAGCCUCUCAAAAUAUUAAAAUUAAACACUGUCACUUACGGUAUGGCUUCUGCUCCUCAUUUGGCCACUAGAUGUCUCUUGCAAUUGUCUCAGGAAUGCAAUGAUGAAACUGUUGCUAAUGUAAUUAAACGCGAUUUUUACAUGGACGAUCUGAGUACAGGUUCAAAUAGUGUCGAUGAGCUCAGAAAAAUAUACAACGGUGUCACUCAAACUUUAGAGUCUGCAUGUUUUCCUUUGCGCAAAUUUCGCACAAACUGCUCUGAAUUGUUUGAAAAUCAAACUGAUGUGUGCGAGGUUCGUGACUGGAACAAACAAUCUAGCGUCCUAGGUCUUAACUGGUCACCCAAAUCGGACACGCUUUUCUUUUCUACAGAUAUACCGGUUGACAAUGUUAUCACGAAAAGGACAGUUACUUCCAUGACCUGCAAGAUUUUUGAUCCGUUGGGUUUAUUAUCAGCAAGCAUUAUAAAGUCAAAAAUCUUUCUUCAACAAUUGUGGAGUAAUAAAAUCGAUUGGGAUCAGCCUCUUCCUAGUGACGAAGCUGGUAAAUGGACUUCUUUUAUUCAAAAUUUGGCUCAAUUGUCAUCAAUAGUAAUACCUAGGCAUGUGUUAAAAUAUACUGAUUGUGACAUUGAUCUGCAUUGCUUUGUGGACGCAUCUCAGCACGCAUAUGGGGCCACUGUGGUAAUCGAAAUAAACGAUCUUACUAAGGGAUUCGCAUGGAUGCACGUACCAACAGAUCAGAAUCCUGCUGAUUUAGUGUCCAGAGGGAUUGACUCGCAGCAGCUUCAAGAUUCUACUUUGUGGUGGCGAGGUCCUUCCUUCUUAGCGAAGGAAGAAUCUGAGUGGCCUAUUCAAGGGUCCUUUGCAACUAAUAAUUUACCAGAGUUAAAAGUAUUUACAUGUACGAAAGUGGACACUAAAAGUAAUAACUGUUCACUUGUAAAAUUCGAAAAAUAUUCUCGAUAUGAUAAAUUAAAGAGGAUCGUAGCUUAUGUCUUAAGAUUUAUAAAUAAAUGUCGUAAAAAUGCUGUAAGUAAUGAUGUAAUUGAACCUGAGGAACUGGAGAACUCGUUAAUGUUGUUAGUUAAGCAAGCUCAGUUAGAAUCGUUUGCUAAUGAACUUUAUACUAUUGCUAAAGAUAGAAGUUUGCCUCUUAAGUCUAAAUUACUGCCUUUAGAUCCAUUUAUAGAUACGUUAGGAAUUCUCCGAGUAGGUGGUAGGUUGCAAAAUUCAAAAUUUGAUUUCAAUAAAAAGCAUCCUAUUUUAUUAGACGGCAAACAUCAUUUUUCUAAAAUACUCAUGAGGCAUGAACACUUUCGUUUACUUCAUGCUGGUCCACAGUUAUUACUAGCUGCGGUACGCGAAGAGUUUUGGCUUAUCGGGGGCAGAAACUUAGCUCGCAGCGUAACGAGAAAGUGCAUUGUUUGUGCGCGUAUGCGUGGUCAAGUGAUAAAACCUAUAAUGGGUACUUUACCGUCUGUAAGAGUAUCCUCAAGCUUUGCUUUUGAUACUUGCGGAAUUGAUUUCGCUGGGCCCUUUUUAAUUGCUAGCAGAAAGGGUCGUAGCAGUAAUAUAACCAAAUGUUUCCUUGCACUGUUUGUUUGUCUUCAAACAAAGGCUCUGCACUUAGAGACGGUGAGCUCAAUGUCUAGCGAUGCUUUUCUUCUUUGCCUACGCAGGUUUGUGUCUCGAGGGGGCAGACCUCAAGUAAUUUACUGCGAUAAUGUUACUAAUUUUGUGGGUGCAAAGAAUGAAUUAGGUAGGGUUAUUAAAGCCAGCCGUCAGUCCGUGUCCGAUUACGCAAGCGUUGAAAAGAUUAAGUUUGUAUUCAGUCCCGCAUACGCGCCUCAUUUCGGAGGAAUCUGGGAGGCUGGUAUUAAGUCAGCAAAGAGCCAUUUAAAACGUGUAGCAAGCAAUGCUUCUCUGACGUUUGAGGAACUAGCGACGCUUUUUACCCAAAUAGAAGCAAUCCUUAAUUCCCGCCCGCUAUCUCCUCUUUCGUCAGACCCCACUGAUCUAUAUCCAUUGACUCCAGGACACUUUUUGAUUGGGCGACCUCUGAUGUCGGUGCCGUCACUGCCUGUCACCACUAAAAGGCCUAACAGAUAUGAGUUUAUUGAGCAGCUGAGACAACACUUUUGGGAGCGUUGGCGCAGGGAGUUCAUCGCUGAGCUGCAGCAACGAACGAAAUGGCGAACUCGGCAGCGUGACCUUCAAAUCGGCGACAUGGUUGUCCUGAAAGAAGACCAAUUACCUCCACUACGAUGGCGCCUUGGGCGCAUUACUCGAUUGUACCCUGGUCCAGAUGGCAUAAACAGAGUAGCAGAUAUCUUCACAGCAAAAGGAACCAUGAGGAGAGCAUUCAAUAAAAUAUGCCUUCUUCCAACAUCUCCGGAUGCCUAA